CUUGCCUACACACUCUGCUGCAUUUUUUUUUUCUGCGAGUGGGAUAUGUGGUGUAAAAUUUUAACGUUUGAUCCCACGACCUGUAAUCAAAAGGCUUGAAUGAUGAAAAUCUUUUGAGAUGAAAAACAGCACUUUUGGGGGUCAUUUUUUGCUUGUGCGUGGCUCGUGCCUAAUCGCGCACCUCAGCAGCCUGUUGUCUGUGUCAGUGGAGAAACACACAACUUUGCCGCGAGCUGGAGCCGGAGCCGGAGCUGGAGCGGGGCCUGCAGCUGGUCUGACUGGUGCACCAGGGCCACACUCGGGGGGCCAGGAAGGGGACCAACGCAGCGGCCCCGGUGUUCGGCCGUUCUGUGGUUGGACGGGGCAUCCGGUGCAGCUGUGGAGCGGAGAUGAUGAAGAUGGUGGUGAUGAUGAUGAUGAAUGGCCCCUCAGCUCGAGCAGGCACCGGGGUCUCGCCACCAUUAUGUUUACUGCUGUGCGCUCUCGUCUUUCUCCCGCCGUGCGCUCACUCGCACCCGCAGCCGUGCCAGGUCCUGAAACGGAUCGGCCACACGGUUCGGGUCGGGGCUCUGCAUGUUCAGCCUCGUUUGCUCUCCGCCACCGCCGGUAGCGGUUCUGAGGACUGGGACACCGAGGAAGGUCUGACAGAGAGCGGGGAGCGACGGCUGGAGUUGGAAAAGCAGGUUAAAACAAGUGCCGGUGCGCCUGGGUAUGGAAGCCUCAGGACUAGAGGCACCGCCAAUAGCCAGCGGGGCGCGAGCAGGAGUAAAAGCCAGGCACGGCAGCGGGAGGAGAACACCUCGAGGGAGAACCGCGUGUUGGCACCCCGAGACUCGAUCCUGCUCGCGGUCGAAGCUCUGAACCGGGCCGGAUUGCUGCCCUACAAUUUAUCCCUGGAGCUCGUCAUGGCAGUUGGGUCCGGACUCGGUGAGCUGCCCGCGUUCUCCUUCGCUUCCGCGGGUAGCACCGAGAACGAGGACCCGCUGUCCUUCGUGGAGAGCGUGUGUCACACUGUGGUCGUGCAGGGGGUUUCCGCCAUGAUCUCCUUUCCACGGAACAGGGACGAGUUUGUCAAGUUGGAGUUCGUCUCGCUUGCGCUUCAUGUGCCAGUCGUCAGCGUUGUGCAGAGGGAGUUCAAGCGCCAAAGCGAGAAUCCUCUCCACUUCCAAAUGGCGAUGCGGAGCAUGGAGGCACCACCAUCCCGUCUUCUCUACUCCCUGCUGAUGAUGAAUGGCUGGUGGGACAUUAGUGUUCUGCUCUGCCAGGAUUGGGAUGUUAGUGACUUUCUUCUCCUCAUCAAGAACAACACCCGCUUCCACCUGGGCACUCUUGUCAACCUAACAACUACCAAUUCAACUUCGUCACUGUCCUCAUCUUCAUUAUCAUCCUCAGGAGUGGCAUCAGGUGUCACAACAGGAGCAGAGGCGUCAUCAUCAUCACUGUCUUUACCCUAUUUUUCCUCUGCUGCCUUAUCUCCUGCUUCGUCAUCUGCUUCCUCCUCUAAAACAGACCAGCAGCAAGCGCUUAUGCGGCAAUUAGAGGCCCUGAGAGAACCUUCAUCAACAACAGGAGUGGUGACAUUUGGGUGCGACAUCCGUGAGGUGCGCCGUCUGUGGACACUGGCCACUCGGAUGAUGCUACCAGAAUUUCACUGGGUGUUGGGGGACAGCCAGAAUGUGGCUGAGCUGAGAACAGAGGGAUUGCCCCUGGGGCUACUGGCCCAUGGGGUCAUGGGGUCCCCUUCUCUGGAUCAUUACGUCCACGACUCAUUGGAGCUGGUGGCUCGGGCAGUGGGCAGUGCAGCCCAAGAGAAUCCUGCCCUGGCACUCAUACCUGGGACUACCAACUGUAUGGAUAUACAGCAGAGCAACGGUAGCUCAGGGGAAUACUUGGCAAGAUUUCUAUCCAACACAACCUUUGAGGGCCAGAGCGGUUACAUAUCCAGAGACACUCACAGCCAGAAUGUCAUCUCAGAAGCCCAUCACUACAUCUGGUCCCUCCAGCUGGACCCCCUAGGCCAGCCAACCUGGACCCGCCUGGGACGCUGGCGCAGAGGGAAAGUUCUGAUGGACCAGAGGGCCUGGCCAAGCCAUCAGGGUUCUGGAGCGGGAGGUGACUGGCGCAGAUCCGCACGGCUGCACGUGCGGGUGGUGACACUGGUGGAGCACCCAUUUGUAUUUACCCGUGAGGUGGAUGGGGAUGGGUUGUGUCCCGCAGGUCAGUUGUGCCUCGACCCGCUCACCAAUGAAUCAUCGGUUUUGCAGGGACUUUUCCAGAACCUUGCAGGACCCAAUGGAUCUGUUCCCACAGACCUGAAGAAAUGUUGUUAUGGUUACUGCAUUGACCUGCUGGAGAAGCUGGCAGAGGACAUGGGAUUCACUUUUGACUUGUAUAUUGUUGGCGACGGAAAGUAUGGGGGGUUCAAGAAUGGUCGCUGGACGGGAUUGGUGGGCGAUCUGCUCAGUGGCGCAGCCCAUCUGGCAGUAACAUCUUUUAGCAUUAAUUCAGCAAGAAGCCAAGUCAUUGACUUCACCUCGCCCUUCUUCUCCACCAGCCUGGGAAUUCUGGUUCGUACUCGCGACACAGCUGCACCCAUCGGGGCCUUCAUGUGGCCUCUCCACUGGUCCAUGUGGCUUGGCAUCUUCGUUUCCCUCCAUGUCACCGCCAUCUUCCUCACCCUUUAUGAGUGGCACAGCCCGUUUGGCAUGACACCACGUGGACGCAACCGCGACCGAGUGUUCUCCUUCUCCUCAGCGCUCAACGUUUGCUACGCUAUUCUCUUUGGGAGAACAGUGGCCAUCAAGCCCCCAAAGUGCUGGACAGGUCGCCUGCUGAUGAAUCUCUGGGCCAUCUUCUGUCUGUUCUGUCUGUCCACCUACACUGCUAAUCUGGCUGCUGUUAUGGUCGGGGAGAAGACCUAUGAACAACUGUCAGGGAUACAUGACCCAAAGUUGCACCAUCCCUCUCAGGGAUUUCGAUUUGCCACAGUAAGAGAAAGUAGUGCAGAGGACUACGUCAAGAAGAGUUUCCCAGAGAUGCACGAGUACAUGAGAAGAUACAAUGUUCCGGCAACACCAGAUGGCAUACAUCAUCUCAAGGCUGACCCUCAGAAACUGGAUGCAUUCAUCAUGGACAAAGCUCUGCUGGACUAUGAGGUCUCUAUAGAUGCAGACUGUAAAACUCUAACAGUCGGGAAACCAUUUGCUAUAGAAGGCUAUGGGAUUGGGCUCCCUCAGAACUCUCCACUCACCUCCAACAUCUCAGAGCUUGUCAGUCAGUACAAGUCAGAUGGCUUCAUGGACAUGCUGCAUGACAAAUGGUACAAGGUCGUGCCCUGUGGCAAGCGCAGCUUUGCUGUGACUGAGACACUGCAGAUGGGUAUAAAGCAUUUCUCCGGUCUGUUUGUGAUGCUGUGUGUGGGCGUGGCCUUAUCUCUACUGACCACAAUAGCAGAACACAUUGUGUACAAGCUGGUGAUCCCAAGGGUCAAGGAGCCACGCUUCAAAUACUGGCUGCACACUAGCCAGAGAUUACAUCGGGCCCUCAACUCAGUCUUCACUGAUGACAAACUACCAACUGUUACCAAGCCUGAGAAGAGAUGCAAUGAAGGAAACAACCAAUCAGCAUCCUGGAAUCCUGCAGAGUCCUCCCACUGUAACAGGCGUAGGGUCCUUCCACAAGAGAUGCAGAACGACCUGGAGCGCCCAUCCUCUCAGGAUCUUCCUCCUCCACCACCCCCUUCUCCCCUGCCUCAUCUGCAUUCUCUUCCCUUGCUGGAGAAACACCUGCCCAUAGUGACCAACACGAACGGUCGCUCCGACCUGUUAGGGCGGGGGCUGGGCCAAGGACUGGGGCCAGGGCAGGGGAGCUCUGGGCAAAGCAUAACACAGGGACAGUGCCGGGGCUUGGGUGUGGGUGACUGUGGCCCCGGGUUGGGUGUGGGUCGGAACCCACUGGUUCAGGAGCUGUCAGAACUGGAGGGUCAAAUCCUCGUAAUCAAGCAGCAGCUGCAGUCAGCCAUGAGGAGGAAGAGAGAGUUAGAACAGUACCAAUCAGAAAACCAGCAAGCAAACCAGACUGCACCAAGCCAGUCUACUACGCACCAGUCUAACCAGUUUCCUCAGUAUAGCCAGUCCCACCAGCAGACUAACCAACACACAAAAACGCUCCCGGAGUUCUGAAGCUUUUCUCCUCUGUUUUACUCAGAGGAAUCUGGUUAGACACGGGACCAGUUUCCAAAACCUCCUGUCAGUUCUGGAAAAGGAUCUUUGUCUGAGUUCUGGAGCUGGAACCUUAACAAAUUUCUGGAAGCUGAAUCCUUCUUUAGGCUCAGGAUUCUCCCUGAACACUGGACUGAAACGUCCUCCGAGGAUCAGAUCCUGCUUUGCAACUCCAGUAAAACAUUUCCCAAACUUCUGGUACAUGAGAUUUGAUCAGGCAAGAGGAAUUGGACAAAGGUGAACCAGGGACCUUGAACCAAAUCUGUUCUGAGACCCUCACUAGCUUGUUGCUGUCACUGAAGAGCUGUGCAACCCCCCCCCCAUGUUCUUCACCUCCUUUUCACCUUUCUGAUCCUGUCAUAUUUUUCUUUGACUCAUCCCUUCCUUCUAAGCCUUGUCUCUUCAAGGGUACAGAUUUGCUUGCCAUGACGAUAAGCUUGAUCACAGAUAUGAAGACUCUUUGGUAUUUAAGCUUAAUGGGCUAAUUCACUUGAGUCUUAUGUUGAGACUCAUUGAGAGUGUAAAUGACCUGAGGUUGAACCCAGCCAGUUAAGUCUUUAUGUCCUCCGUGUCUUGCUGAAACCUUGUAUCUUUGAGGGGGGGAAAAGGAAAAACACACACAAGAAUAGGUUGAUUUUACCAUCGAUGUCGUCAUGUUUUUGACUUUUGACAAUGCAUUUGAUUUGGCUUAGGUCAUUCAUUUUCUAGUAAUCCUUUUGACUGUUUGUUGGGGACAAAAAAAAAAGAUAUAAAGCUUUGGCAAGACACCUUUAUAUUCAUUAAGACCAUCUGGUUGGCAUCUUGUGGUGGAUUAUAGGACAAUAUGAAAUCUUAUUUUAUGGAGCACUGUAUAAUGUUGUCCUGCACUUCACUGAUGCACUCUUGGUUUCUUAAAGAAAGCUACAUAUAUAACAUCAUCAUUUAACUUGUCAGAGUUUGAGUUAUGGUCCAGAAGCUUUACUUCUUCAUAUGGCUUCAGGGUUAUAAAUGACACAGGAUCAGAAGAAGUUAUAAGGUACAUGUAAAAUGGUAAUACAUCCAAGAGCUUUUUCAGUCAGGGACCCAAAACAGACACACUUUUUGCCCAGCCUCUGGAGAUCUCACCAGUGCUCUUGUAAUAUCACGACACAACAAACACAAGACCACCAUUAAAUUUUUGGUAGAUAAAUAGUAAACAUAAACACAGACAACCAGUCGAACUCUGACAUGUUAUUUUAUAAUGAUGAACAUUCACAACUGAACAAACAGUCCUUCUGUGAUGAGACCUGUUUUCUUGCAUCUUUUCGGUUUGGGUUUGGAUGUGUUCUGUUAUUAAAGAC